UAUUUUCAGAAUGUUUACACAUGCAUACAUAUAUACGCCUAGUUUUAAUUCGACUUUAUGGUCAAAUUGAAAAAUAAUUGCAACAUAAUUUUGUAAAAUGUCAAAUAUUUCAAUUAGGAAAUAGUUUUAUUUACUUUGAAAUCUGGUGCUACUCGUAUUUUACAAAACAAUGGACACGAAUAUUACAAUUUCAGGAGAAAUGCAAGCUCCACCGCUUAAACCUAACAUAAGCGGAUCUAAUUUCUUGCAAUUGUCACAAUUUCAACUUAGUAAAUUAGAAUAUCCUCAAGUUCAAGCAUGGAUCGAACAUAGGAAAGCUAAUAUCAAACCUUGGAGUUUAUUUUUAAAUACCAAUUAUUUUCGUUCACCUCCAAGCGUUUCAAGAUUGAGUAAACGAAUUGUUAAAAAUAUCGAAUACUUCCAGAGCAACUAUCUAUUUGUAUUCAUUGGAUUAUUCAUAUAUUGUCUGAUUACAUCGCCCUUAUUACUCAUCGCUGUUAUGGUACCUCUUGUAACUUGUUAUAAAAUAUCUAAGCGACAUUCUAAUGAAGGAUUAUCUGUACUCGGUCAUAAAUUGACUUUAGCUCAAUUAUAUUUGUUAAUAGGAAUUUGUUCGUUGCCUAUUUUUUAUUUGGUUGGUGCUGGAGCAGUUCUUUUUUGGGUACUCGGUGCAUCCUGGUUUUUAAUAACGCUUCAUGCUACUUUUUACAACAUUGAUUCAGUUUUGUGUCCAGGACAAGAGGAACUUGAUUCAUUAGUAGUUCAAGAAGUGUGAAGUUAUUUUAAGUAUACGAAACAGGUAAAUGUUUUUUAUAAGGACAAAAAAAUAAAAAACUUCGUAUCGAGAAAGAAUGAUAUUCCUCUUUAA